AAAUGAGUUUUUAGAGUAACUUACCCAUCACACACAUCACACAAAACUUGAGAAACAACCGCUGUUGUGAGCACCGUGUUUCCAUCGUGGCCCCUAGCGGUGGUGUGUGUGUGUGUGUGUGUGUGUGUGUGUGGUGGGAAGAGCGCUGAGCGAUUGUCCAGUCUGUCUCAGUGUGCUCCCAGUUGAGGACACCAGCUCCAGGACUCCAGGAUGCUCGAUUAUUUCAGUUUGCAAGGAGAAAACAUUUAGCGCGUCCACAAAGAUAUAUUAACUACAGCCCCACUCGUGUAUAAUGAAGUGAUCGGACCCUGUACAGUGGACGGUGGGCCCCUGAAACCUGCUCACCACAAGCCCUGAAGAGUGUUUGCUGCAUGUGGAUGCUGUAAACGAUGUGCUGCUCCGUGGCACUUCUGCUCUGCGGUGUGAUCGUGUCUCUGAUCGGCGCAGCAUCACUGGACCUGCAGCCCGACAUGCCGAAUGUGUGUGAGGAGCAGGAGAUGUCUAUGCUGGGAGUGAGGCAACCGUGCGUUCAGGCGUUCACCCGUAUGGUGAAGGUGUGGCGGCAGGGCUGCUCUUCUCAGCGCUGGUGCAUGGGCUACGAGAGGAAGACAGGCUAUUAUACAGUGUAUAGGCAGGUGUAUAGUAUGGAGAUGCAAACUGUGUACAGGUGCUGCCCGGGAUGGAUGCAGAGAGGAGAAGAGAGAGGCUGUCUUCAUAGAGUGUGUUCUUCUGGUACCUGCUUUAAUGGAGGGAAGUGCUCUGAGACCAGUGAUCAGCUAUGUCAGUGUCCAGAAGGGUUCGAGGGAACGCGCUGCCAAUACGAUAUAAACGAGUGUGCAGACAGUAAUGGCGGAUGUGAAGGCACGUGCUGUAAUACUAUCGGCAGUUAUUACUGCAGGUGUCCUGACGGUAGUAAACUCGGAGAUGAUGGGAAAUCCUGCCAAGAUGAAGAUGAGUGUGAGGAGCUGAACGGUGGUUGCCAGCAGACGUGUGUGAACACAUUGGGUUCGUACCACUGUGAGUGCAGCGAGGGUUUCCGCAUUCACGCCGAUGCUCGCACAUGCAUAGUGGUCAACUCUUGCUCCGUAAAGAAUGGCGGCUGUGAACACAGGUGUGUCGAUUUGGGAAACGAGCAGUACAAGUGUGAAUGUCGCAGCAACUACCAGCUCAAAAGAGACGGAAAACACUGUGAAUUGAAGGACCCCUGUAAGGAACAUAAUGGUGGAUGUCCUCAUAUCUGCAGUAAUGUGAAUGGACAGGUGCAGUGCAGCUGCAGACCAGGAUACAAACUGGCAGCUGACUUCAGGAGAUGUGAAGACACUGAUGAAUGUGCAUCUGGUCAGGCUAAGUGUGCUCACGGCUGUGUUAACGUGCCAGGAUCGUUCCGUUGUGUGUGUAAUCCAGGAUUCGAGCUGGGUGCUGAUGGGAAACAGUGCUAUCGUAUAGAGAUGGAGAUCGUGAACGGCUGUGAGAAAAACAACGGUGGCUGCUCUCAUCACUGUGAUCACACCACCAGCGGGCCCCUGUGCUCCUGUAACCAAGGUUACCAGCUCGCUGAGGACCUCAAGACGUGCAUAGACACUGAUGAGUGUGAAAACGGGGAGGCGUGCUGUAGUCACUUCUGUAAAAAUUACCCAGGAGGCUAUGAGUGUGGCUGUAGACCUGGAUACACACCCAACGGCUGCACAUGUGAUGACAUUGACGAGUGUGUGUUCGAGACGUCAGGAUGUUCUCAGUACUGUGUAAACACCCUGGGCUCUUAUGAGUGUUUCUGUCAGGUGGGCUUCAGACUGGACUACGACCAGAAAUCAUGCUCACCUCUCUAUGAGAGGGAACUGGAGGAGGAGGAUGAGGAGGAGGAGGAAGAAGACGUGGUUGGCAGUGAAGAUGAACCUGAGGUCCUACGUUUGCCAGACUUGCUGUUCCGGCGCCCCCCUCAGCUGCUGCAUUACACCGCCGCUUUACGCAGACCGUAUGAUGAUGACACACACACUUACUACGCAGAACACCCGCACAACCAAGAACAGAGAGAGGAGCUGACCAUCAUCAGCAAGAUUAUGUGUGAGGAGGGAUCAUUCGGUGACGACUGCAGUGUGAGCUGUGAGGACUGUGCUAAUGGAGGAGUGUGCGCGUUAGAGAGGGAUCGCUGUGUGUGCGCGCCCGGCUGGACUGGGGUCACCUGUAAUGACACUUGUGCUGAGGGCACAUAUGGUGUUCAGUGUAACAGUCUGUGUGUUUGUAAGAAUGGGGGCCGCUGUGACCCAGUGACGGGGAAGUGCUUGUGUCCUCCAGGGGUCCAAGGUCUGCACUGUGAAAACGGUUGUCCGCAGGGUUUCUACGGGAGGUUUUGUCGGAGGAGGUGUAACUGCCCCAAUAAUGGACGCUGCCAUCGUCUGUAUGGGGGUUGUCUUUGCACACCCGGAAAAUACGGCAAAUUCUGCCACCUGCCAUGUCCCAAAUGGACCCAUGGUGCGGGUUGCUCGGAGGAAUGUGAAUGUUUGCAGGAAAACUCUCUCUCUUGCGAUCCCCUAAAAGGCACCUGCACUUGUAAACCUGGUUACCAUGGCGACCACUGCCAGGCAGAAUGUGAUGGCGGUUUCUUUGGCGAUGGCUGCCGUGAGCGAUGCAACUGCACUGAUGGUGAGCCAUGUGACCCUAAAACUGGAGAGUGCCAGAAGAUGUGCCCACCCGGAUACCAUGGAGAGAAAUGCCAGCUGGUGUGCGAGACAGGUUUUUGGGGCGCAGGCUGUGCCAAUGUGUGCCAUUGUGCUAGUAAUGCAGUAACCUGUGAGGCCAGCAGUGGGCGCUGUGUGUGUGAGGCUGGAUACACUGGAGAUCAGUGUGACAAGAAGUGUCCGGCGGGCCAGUAUGGAGCCGAAUGUAACCGAGUGUGUGAGUGUGAGAAUGGAGCCGAAUGUGACCACGUCAGUGGAGCUUGUACCUGUACCGCCGGCUGGGUGGGAUCACAUUGUGAAAAGAGAUGUCCUGUUGGGUUUUACGGGCAGGACUGUGCGCAGAUGUGCCAGUGCGGGAAUGAGGCCCAGUGUCACCACAUCACAGGCGCCUGCCGCUGCACCCCUGGCUGGGCACCGCCGCAAUGCAUUCUGGCUUGUCCAGCGGGUACAUUUGGUCCCAACUGCAGUCAGUCAUGUGACUGUCACAAUGGAGGGUCAUGUGACCCAGUGAGUGGCCAGUGCCAGUGCACACCUGGGUGGACAGGAACCAACUGCCAACAGACCUGUGCAUCUGGAUGGUUUGGUAGAAACUGUGAGCAAAGAUGCAUCUGUCCAGUGGGCAUGGCCUGUGAUCAUGUGACAGGGCAGUGUGGAUGUCCUGCAGGGUACACUGGGAACAGCUUGUGUCCUCAGGGCAGAUUCGGCCUGAACUGUUCUCAAGUGUGCACAUGUUCUGGAGAUCAGUACAGCUGUCAUCGCGUCACUGGGAAAUGCAGCUGUCUACCUGGUUACUAUGGCAACCGCUGUCAUCUCAGAUGUCGCGAGGGCACCUACGGCCCCUACUGUAAGAAGAGGUGCAGAUGUGCCAAUGGAGGCCGAUGUGACUUCAGGACUGGCUCUUGCCUCUGCCAGCCAGGAUACUUGGGACCCAACUGCAGCACUAGUUGUCCCACAGGUCACUACGGGAGAGAUUGUGCUCAGGUGUGUUUGUGUGGAGAAAGAGGACAGUGCCACCCAGAGACUGGGAGGUGUAACUGCGCCCCUGGAAGAACAGGACCAUCCUGCGAACAAGCAUGUCCUAGGGGGCGCUAUGGAGUUCAGUGUCGAAGUUUCUGUACAUGUGCGAACGGAGGAGUGUGUGACCCUGUGAAUGGGACGUGUAGAUGUGGGCUGGGAUGGACCGGACAACAUUGUGAAAAAGUUUGUGUCCCAGGUUACUAUGGUGUGAACUGUGAGCAAGAGUGUGUGUGUCAGAAUACCGGAACAUGUGAUCGCUUUACGGGAUGCUGCUCUUGCCCGUCUGGAUACUACGGUCCCGCCUGCCAACACAGAUGUCCUGCUGGCUUUUUUGGCAAGCUCUGUGCACAAUCAUGUGACUGUAAACACGGGCACCUGUGUGAUCACGUGACCGGAAAGUGCGUGUGUCCUCCUGGUUACCAUGGUGAACAGUGUGAAAAACGUUGUGAUGCUGGGCGUUUUGGGCGUGAUUGUGCAGAACUUUGUGAGUGUGAUGGGGCGCCUUGUGAUCCGACCACUGGACAGUGUCUCUGUCCACCGGGAAAGACAGGAGAACACUGCGAGAAAGUGUGUGACAGCAGGUUUUAUGGUCCCGGCUGUUCUUUCAUCUGUCAGUGUGCACACGGAGGCCAGUGUGACCAGCGCACAGGUCACUGCUCAUGUCCUCUCACCUGGCUGGGACCCACCUGUGAGGAAGGUGCUUCUAUAGAUCACGUGCCCUCUCAAGUACAGAAGAGGCGACGGCGUGUUUCACACUCAUAGUCCCCAAGCGCACACACACACUCCACUGAGAUCCCACCAGAAGGCGAGUGGCAUGGGUGAAUGAGUGUGUGAGGAUCUAUGUGACUUGUUAUUAUGGGUUUUUCCCCCAGACGAGCAAGCCACAGGAGAAUUAGUACGAGGAAGCAAUGCUGAAAAACACAAACACACACAAACAUCCCCUCUGGAUGCACACAAGACCACUGACAGGCUGUCAUUGAUUGGCUGUGUAUAUGUUUGUCUUUGGAGAAGGGACACAUUGUGUGAAUGAGUGUUUUAAUGUGAAUAUCACUCACACAACAUGGUGGACUAGUUUGACGUGACUUAAAAAUGCUUGUUUUGUGAGCUCUGUGUGUAUGUUUGUGCAUACACUCUGUAUUUCUUAUAAGUCCCACAUCAGACAGUCAAACCAAACCAUCCGAUCGGCCAAACGCCCACCGAGCCACAAACCCAGACCGAACUUCUCUAUUACAGGAUCAGAGUGAAGCCUCAAUCGCUCAUUUCUAUAGUACACACCACAAAUACACCACUAAAGUGGCACAUCAGCACUCGAUGGGAUUAUUGCCUUCCAUACAUACCAUACGCAGUCUAAAAUGUACCUUGUAAACAUACACCAACACUAAAUUUAACAUUUUUUUUUAACUACAUUGUCUAUAAAGUCCUCGUUUAUGGUACUUUUAUGUUUUUUUUAAGUAAUAUGUAGCAUGAAUCGGGAACAUUUGUGCUAUAGAUAUCCUUUUCAAAUCCAUCUGGUUGGCUCCUUGUGAGCAUGAUGUAUGUCCUGCGAUGCGAUUUCUGUGACAGCCUGACUGUAAAUAUUCACAGUAUUGUCACCCAUCAUCGUGCCAUCUGAGGUAAAUUGUUAAAGUGGAGCUGUCCGACUGGAUUUAGACACAAUCUGAUGCUUGUAAACUGAACAGACAGUUCCUCCGACAGACGUCUUAUAUGCCAAACAAAUCUAAUCUUUAUAAAUUACGGUUCUUAGUGCUCACUCAACAGUCUUUUACUGUAAAAAAAAAAAUGCUGUAAAGUUUUUUUGUUUCUGUUCUGUCUUUGUUUCUCAGGAUGUUAUCAGAGUAAAGUCAAAUUUCCCUGUACAGUGAAAUGUAUUGGUUCUUAAACUUUUAAUUAAAUAUGUUUGUACAGAAAAUGUGUUUGUAAAAUGUUUUUGUUUUAACUAUACUGUAAAGCUUUACACUGUAAACAUGAUUUUCUUACUCUG